AUGUCUAAACAAAUAAAACAACUUGGAGACGACGUCUGGAAGACCAAAGUCGAGAAGGUGAACUCCGAGCUAUUUACGCUCACUUACGGCUCGAUUGUUGCGCAGCUGUGUCGCGAUUUUAAUAACAACUACGAGGAGGUCAACGCGCAAACAUACAAGAUGGGCUACAACAUAGGCGUGCGCUUGAUUGAUGAGUUCUUACAAAAAACACAACUCUCGCGAUGCAGCAGUUUCCGCGACACGGCCGAAAUCGUGUCCAAAGUCGGAUUCAAGAUGUUUUUGAAUAUUGUGCCUAACAUCACGAAUUGGACCUCAGACAUGACUACAUUCAGUCUGAUACUGACAGAAAACCCGCUGGCAGACUUCGUGGAGCUGCCUGACGACGGCAAGGCCGUCAAGGAGCUGUGGUACUCGAACAUCUUGUGCGGUGUUUUGAGGGGCGCUUUGGAGAUGGUCCAGCUGGACUGCGAAGUUGGGUUUAUUAGCGAUGUUCUACGAGGCGACGAGACUACAGAGUUACGUGUGCGGUUGGUGCAAGUGCUCAAAGACGAGAUUCCUGCGGGCGAGGAAUAG